AUGGAAACGACACCCGAUGGCUAUGUCGUUGAGAAAUGUGGAGAAUGCGAAGCUGGCGAUGAGGCCGAUGAUUCGGAGAUCAUCCGAAUGCCGAAACGAAUGGAGAUUGCGGAGAGCGUGAAAAAUUCCGACGAGACGAUCGCAAGCAAUCGACGAUUCUGGAGGGAGUUGCUCGAUUCGAUGGGAAUUCGAAAAGUCGCCGCACCGAUGGUCGAUCAAAGCGAAUUGGCAUUUCGAAUGUUUGUCCGCAAACACGGUGCCCAGCUGACGUAUACGCCGAUGAUUCAUGCUCAUUUAUUUGUGAAUGAUGGCACGUAUCGCCGAAAUUCGCUGGCAUUGUGCAAAAAGGAUCGGCCGAUAAUUGUUCAGUUUUGCGCCAAUAAAGUCGAGACCUUUCUCGCGGCGUGCCGUCUCGUUGAAAAUGUGUGCGACGGUGUCGAUUUGAACCUCGGAUGCCCUCAAAUGGUCGCCAAACGCGGACAUUACGGCUCGUGGCUUCAAGACGAGAUCGAUUUGAUAUGCGCGAUGAUUCGAGCGGUUCGCGAUUAUUGCCGAUUGCCGGUCUCGUGCAAAAUUCGCGUUCGCGAGUCCCGCGCUGACACCAUCGACUACGCGAAGCGUCUCGUCGAAGCCGGAGCGAGCAUGCUGACGGUUCAUGGACGAACUCGAGAAAUGAAGGGCGCCGACACUGGCCUCGCCGAUUGGUCUCGAAUCAAGGAAAUUGUCGACGCCGUCGAUGUGCCGGUCAUCGCCAACGGAAACAUUCAGUUUCCUGGAGACGUCGAGCGGUGUAUUCAAGCGACUGGCGCGGUCGCUGUGAUGUCGGCAGAAGGAUUAUUAUAUAAUCCGUUCAUUUUCGAUGACGAAAAUGCGCACGUGGAAACCUGGAAAAUUGCCAAAGAGUAUUUGGAGUUUGCGAGGCGAUAUAAAGCUGGCACGAGUGCGAUUCGAGCGCACGUGUUUCGAAUUUGUCAUCAUAGCCUAUUAGAAUAUGAAGAUUUGCGAAUGCGAGUGUCAUUGGAGCAUCGAAUUGAAGACUUUGAGGAUAUUGUGGCCGAGUUGGAGACGAGGUGUCGACGAGACGCGCAGGGAGAAGAAGCGCGCGAGCGGGAAGCGAGGAGUCGAGAAUUGUUCGCCAAGAUUCGAAACGGUUUCCCGAUGGACGCUCUCGAAGUCUCGAAACAAGUGCACUGGAUAUCGAAGCCUUAUUUUCGACUAUCUGAAGUUGCCAAGGAGUCGAUUGUGGCGGACGGCGAGAAAACGUUCAGGGAAAAGCAGAAGGAGAAGUUGGCUCAGCAAGCGAAAGAGCUUGGAAUUUCGUUAAAACAGGCUAGAAAACGAGAACGCCGUCAGCUGAAUGGCCAGCGGAUAAUGGCGGCGAAGAAGAUGCGAUUUCCGCCGUGCGCGCGAUGCAAGCAGCCAGCUGGGCAGGGAUGUACGAAUGAUAAAUGCAAAAAAUGCUGUCGAUAUCAGUGCAGGCACGAAAAAAGCGAUUGUAAAUCGCAUCGCUAUCACUUUUCCGAAGAAAUUCGGGUGUAA